UUGGUAUUAUUCAAGGGUCAUCUCUAAUAAUGCUGGAAAGUUGAUAAGAAUCGUUUCCGCUCGUUGUUGUGAAAUAAAUUUGUACCAAGAGCUUAGAGCCAAACAUCUUCAUAGCUCAGUGUCCAUAGAGUCGCAGAUAUGGAGAGUAAUAGUACUGAAAUGGGAAGUACAGGCGGAGAAGUCGAAGAAGUAGUGCCCACAAAUGACUCAUCGCCUUCGCUGAACAUUUUAUGUGCAAUUUGCAACGAGUUUUUCCGGGCCAACGACAUAAUUUUCUCAACCGCCCGAUGCGGUCAUGUAUUCCACAAGGAUUGCCUCACCCGGUGGCUGAAUAGGUCCAGGACCUGCCCCCAAUGCAGAAGCACCUGCGACCGACAUCGAGUACACCGAUUGUACCUGAACUUCACCGAAUCCCCGGAGUUCGAUGACACUGAAGUGCCCAAGGUACCGAUCGAUUGGGUGCCCAUAGACCUGAACAGAGACAGCUUACCGGAUGCCCACCUGCCGCCCGAGGGAGCGGUGCAGUGCGGCACCAACGAGGACGGACUACCCACUUAUGUGGCCAGAGGAUACUACCAGGACGAUCUCUUGCCUGCUGUUUAUGUACCGGAAAAGAAGGCUGCCUUCGGUUCGCACAGCUGUAACGCCCGUAUUCUGACCGAUGACGUCGAGAUCCUAGUGCUCAACGACUGUGACCACAAGUGGGUGCCCGGACACCGUGGAAGUUAUCCGGUGGAUGCCCUGACCACGGGCUACUCCGAAGUGGGUGAGGUCACCUUUACGGGCCGUGGUCUUUACGAGGGCAUCCUGCGUCUGGGCAAGGUGCAUCCUUCCCACAAGGUCAUGUACAUCCCGCAUCAUGGUCAAGAGGUUAACGUAAAUACCUACGAGGUCCUGGUGGUCACCCCGCGUGACCAGGCCGAGCUGUGAUGCUACUGAUUGCUGAUAUCUUAAAUCUCGUAUGCCUUAUUAUAUGAAUCUCAAUAUAUAUUUACUCAAUUAAUUUCCCCAAACUGCUCUUUUUUUUUAUGGAGUUAGUUCACAUAUCAGUAAGCCACGAGUGACUCAGUCUUGCUUGAUCAACAAAAUUUCAAGCAAAUUAUAAAUAAACGAAAAUUACCAUGUAAACAAUAAGUAUGCAACGCUUUUUAAAAGUUUGCAAAAUAGAAACGUUUGUAACUAAGGACGGGUUUCACAAAGUUUCGAUAUGUAUUUGAUCAAUGUUCACUAUAACUAAAAAAGAAAGUCACCCAUGGUAAGCUCUGGAAACCAGACAUGCAGAGGAUGGUGAAGUCACCCACAACGAUUGGGGAAAUAAAUCCAUCCAACAUGGUGACUUUGAGGGUCUUUUGGUGAUUUGCUCGAUAGCAUUGAGUAGCUUUCAAAAGAAACUGCUUUACUGCUUAAUUAAUGAUGAUGUAAUUUUUUUAUUCAAAAUGUGUUAGGCGCUAUGUAUAUUCUGAUUAGUGUUUUGAACCUACGCAUGAUGCGAACAUAUUGAUUAUACCUAAACAAAGAGGUUUAAGUAUCUAUAUAAGACUACUCGAUUAACUCUACAAUUCAUGUUUUUCUCUGCAAUCCGGCCUGGCUUUGUUGUUCAAACAGAGGGCCUCACAAAAUAUGCUUUAAAAAUACGUAAGCUUGUAUAAUUCGUUUAAUAAAUCGGCUGAUUGCCUGCACUAUAACAUGACAUUUAAUAUAUAAGUAUAUAUUUAGCUAAAAUACAAAUUUAUAUGUUCAACAUGCGCUUAACAUUUCACCAACAGGCUUUUAAUUUUCAAUAGAAA